ACCAGGGUCUGUCCCAUCCCCCUCUCUCUGGCAUCUUUACUUUCUCUUUCCCUUUGCAAUAACGUGGGGUCCUGCUGCACAGAGGGGUCCAGCUCCAUCAGAGACUGACCUCUGCCAAGAGGGAGGGCCCAAGAGAAGGUGGGUCGGAGCCUGAGGAAGCAAACCACCCCGGGGCCCUCCCACCCCUGGUGCCAAAGCAGGAAGGAGGUGGAGCCUCGGCUGAGACGGCCUGGGAGGUCGCUCUCAGAUAAGGGGGUUUUCUACACAAGAGCCCUGGGAGAGGAAAUGGAGCCCCAGCGCCCGAGACAAAGGGCAGGGCUAGGACUAGCCAGCAAUGGAGGCUGCAGCCAGAGGCCCCGGAUCAGAAACCCAGCGGAGCGGUUAGAUCGCCAAACCUUCUCCUUCCACUUUCACAACCUGAGAUAUGCCUCUAAGCGGAACUGCUGCUACCUCUGCUACCAGGUGAAAAGACUGAAGCACUGCUCACCUGACUCCUCCGACUUGGGGGUCUUUCAAAACCAGGUCAAUGCCGAGGAUCCCUGCCACGUGGAACUCUGCUUCCUCUCUUGGUUUUGCUCCAAGAAGCUGUCCCCUUACGAGCAGUACCGCAUCACCUGGUUCUUAUCCUGGAGCCCCUGCUUGUCAUGUGCACAGCAGGUGGCUGCGUUCCUGGAGAAGAACAGGAACGUGAGGCUGAGCAUCUUCACCGCCCGCCUCUACUACUUCUGGAAACCAGAGUACCAGUACGGGCUGCGCAUGCUGCACCAGCAGAGGGCCCGGGUACGCAUCAUGUCCUUCCGAGAGUUUAAAUACUGUUGGAAAAACUUUGUGUACAAUGAGGGAAUGCCCUUCAAGCCUUGGAAGGAACUGCGUAAAAAUUAUCGGUUCCUGGUGGCAAAGCUUCAGGAAAUUCUCAGAAACACAAUGAAUCUGCUAAAAACAAAUAUAUUCAAACAACAGUUUGGCAACCAGCACCGGGUCCCACGGCCCCACUACCGGAGGAAGACCUAUUUGUGCUACCAGCUGAAGCAGCUCGACGGCUCCACGCUUGACAAAGGCUGCUUCCGAAACAAGAAACAGCGACAUGCAGAAAUUCGCUUUAUUGACAAGAUCACCUCGCUGAAUCUCGACCCAAACCAGCGCUACACAAUCAUCUGCUAUGUCACGUGGAGCCCUUGCCCUACCUGUGCCAGGGAACUGGUUGAUUUCAUCAACGGUCAGGACCACCUGAGCCUGCAGAUCUUUGCCUCCCGCCUGUACUUCCACUGGGUCAAGGUGUAUCAGUGGGGGCUGCAGCAGCUACAGGCAGCCCAGGUCUCAGUGGCUGUCAUGACCCGCUCAGAGUUUGAAGAAUGCUGGGAAGAAUUUGUGGAUAACCAGGGGAUGCCCUUCGAGUCCUGGGAUAAUCUGGAUCAAUACAGCGAGAGCAUAAGCCGUCGGCUCCAGAAGAUCCUGUUGCUCUCGAAUUGGAAUAAUUUAGAGAAUUCCUUCAGAGACUUGAGACUUGGAUCCCCAUCCCCUUCGUUGUUAAGAAGUGACUCAAGAUGACAGGACUGGGGCAUCUCGCUGCUUCAUAAACUGCUGGCUCUUAGGAGCAAGUAGCAAGCUCCACGGUCACCCCUGACCCCCACCCAAGUCCAGAGACCGUUCUUUCCUCUUUCAUUCUUCUUUUUUCCUUUCUUUUCUAAGUGGGUAAAUAUUUUUAUAAUUGAAAAAAUAAAGAUAAUUUGAAAGUCUGUAAAACUUGGGUU